AUGGCGACUCUGCCGGCUCUGUCUGCGCUCGGCCUUGGGAGGAGAAGCGUCCUCUGGAUAGUCGCUGGGGCGCCGCGCCACUUUUGGUCGCGAUCCAGGAAAGAGAAAGAGCCGGUUGUGGAUGAGGUAAUAGAAGAGGUGAAGAAAGAUCCUGUGCCGGUGUGCCCACCCUUACGAAGCCAAACAUACAUGCCACCUGAUGAUCUCCAGGGUCGGCUAGAAUCUCGUGUCAAAGAAGUCUUUGGUCCAUCUGUUCCUCCGAAUUGGCAGGACGUCUCCCUGGAAGAUGGUCAUCUGAAAUUUCGUCUCUUGGCACAUCUAGCUGACGACUUGGGCCAUGCGGUUCCCAACUCAAAGCUCCAUCAGAUGUGCAGAGUCAGAGACGUUCUUGAGUUCUACACCAUCCCUGUCCAAGACAGAUCGAUGUUUGAUGAACUUACUGCUAGGAACCUGCCUCCCAAUUUGAAAAUCACUUGGGGUUACUGAGCAAGUCAGAGAAGCAACACAUGGAAGGAAAUCGCUCUCCCUUCAAGUAUGAUGGUGUCCUUAGAACUUUGGAUAUUUUAUGCUGUCGAAUGCCACCUGUUUUCUAAACCCACAUUGUCUAUGGGAGGAAGAAGGCAUCAUCUCCUUCUUUUUCUUCUAUCAUGAAUUGACAAAUAGCAGGAGUUUGUUUCAAAUUUGCUGAUUUUAUUUUUUUUUAAUGAUUAAUGAUGGAUGACAUUUUUCUCCAGAGGACACUACAGUUAGCAUGGGUGUCAGAUAGGAGGCCAUUACAAAUUUUGAGAUGGCUGUUACCUUUUACAGGCAUGAAACAGUAAUUGCAGGCAAAUGCUUUUAGCGCUGUGGGGGGUUCUUAAAUCUAAGAAACAUGUAUAUAAAAAAAGUCAUAAGACAUAAAAGGCUAUGUUGCUUAUUGUAA